UAUAUUUCAUCAUACGGAGCAGUGAUUAAUUCUCUCCGAGCUAAAAACGGAAGCGGGAUUAUAACACAGUCAUGGCAGAAGCACAGCGGAUUUAUCUCGCGAAAAAAGAUGUAGAGAAGGCCGAAUGGAUAAGUCCACCGCCCAGUGCUCCUCUGGUUCCCAAAUCGAACCUUAUGUCCGAAACAGUAGAGCCCAACGGCAAUCCAGUCCAGUUUAUGCACGGUCAGUUUUCCACAAAGGAGCAGAAAUUCAGAUGUUACUCCUGCCUUCCUAAGCGCUGCCGUAAUUUCUACUGUCGCUGCCUCGUCUGGAUGUUUUGCGUCCUGUUGCUCUUUAUUGUCGCCAUUGUCAUAGCUGCUUCUAUUCUGUACGCCGUCUUCCAGCCCAGGAUACCCAAAUACUCAGUCGACAACGUUCAGAUUACCGGCUUCUCCCUCAGUUUAGACGCUACUGUUUCUUCGCAGUUUACGGUGCGUGUGAGAAUGACGAAUCCGAAUAAAAAGAUCGGCAUAUAUUACUUAGACGACAGCUAUCUUGGGGUUUUCUACACCGGCACGGAGAUCUGCAGGGGCGAAUUGCCUGCGUUUUACCAGGGCCACAAGAAUACUACGAAUUUAAACCUUGUUCUCACAGGGACUAACGUCCAGAUUACGAGUGAGAUGGUUACAUUGCUGAAGGAACAGAAGCAGCUGGGAAGCAUUCCUCUGCAUUUGAAGGCGGAUGUUCCCGUGAAGGUUCAGUUUGGGAAAGUGAAAACCGUGAAGAUUACUUUCCGCGUGCACUGUGACCUGGUGGUUGUCAGGCUGCAUGAAGACAUUAGUGUCACCAUCAGCACGAAGAAAUGCAAGGUUAAGCUUUGAACAGUGAGAUAGAGAAGUUAAGCUUUGAACAGACAAAUUGGUUCUAUCUGUUAUCUCUCUUGACUCUAUCAAGCAAGGAUUUGAACACGACCAAGCGAGGAAUUUAUUACUCGAUCAUAAUCAGGCCGCCAUUUUUCAUUUUAAAUUUCGCUCCAUAAGUUUAGUGAUUCGUAGAUAUAACAUCACCGAUUUAUAAUUUGUACCUUGAUACUGUCUAGUUCCCGUAAUACAGAAAAAGAUAUUUGAUUUUUCA